GAGCCCUUACCCCCAUGGAGACUCCCACACUACGUAGCCCUUUUCAGCGGAUCUGGGAUCUACGCCGACGGCAAGUUUUACUGGAGACAGGGGAAAAACACACGUAGCCACCCCGGUGCGUUUGUAAACUAUGUAAAAUACAGACUUUCGGAGGACAGCAAAAAUGGACCAGCUGACGAUCUGGACUCAUCCACAGUAGACUUCAAACUUUUUCAUGGAGUGUAUAUUUAAUCCAGCGCAGUCCAAACAGAGCACAGAGGCACUGAGGGGGAUCGGAAUUUACCGGUGACAAGUCAGAAAGAGAGAAAAAAGCAUAGUCUCGUUACAUGUAGAAAACUUUUUUGGGGUCUUUGCUUCAUUUUACUGAUCCAGAUUUUCAAACUGAUGUCGAUGUAAAGUUGGCUACUCCAAGGAAGGAACAACAACCAGACUACUUUUCCUCUUGUUAACUGUGCUUACUUUUCAAGAAAAACUACAACCAUGGCGAAAAAGUACGAUUUCCUUUUCAAAUUGUUGCUCAUCGGAGACAGCGGAGUGGGCAAAACAUGCCUGAUUAUUCGCUUCGCGGAGGACAACUUCAAUUCUACAUAUAUUUCCACCAUUGGCAUUGACUUUAAAGUGAAAACCAUUGAAGUGGAUGGGAAGAAAGUGAAACUACAAGUCUGGGACACAGCAGGCCAGGAGAGGUUCAAGACCAUUACGACAGCUUACUACAGAGGAGCCAUGGGCAUCAUCCUGGUCUAUGACAUCACAGACGAGAAGUCCUAUGAAAACAUCCAGAACUGGAUGAAGAGCAUCAAAGAGAAUGCAUCAGCUGGGGUCAGUCAAAUGUUACUAGGUAAUAAGUGUGACAUUGAGGCCAAGCGGAAGGUUUCCAAGGAGACAGGAGAAAAGUUGGCUAAGGAUCACGGCAUCAGGUUCUUUGAGACGAGCGCAAAGUCCAGCAUUAACGUGGAUGAGUCUUUUCUGUCUUUGGCACGAGACAUACUACAGAAAUCCAGCAAGAAACCAGGCCCAACAGGUCGAGAGGUGAAAAUCACAAGCAGUACAGAGAAAAAAACCUCCAAAUGUCUUAUUCUCUAGAUGCAAUGCUGAGGACCAAACAUAAAGCACCACACAAAUCUGAGAACACGAAAGUAUUACUGUGGAGAAAUAUAGCACAGCAGGUCCUCUGUCUCCAUCUGGUGGGCUAGUAUAUCAAAUACAAACGUCAAAAUGUUUUUUAAGAAUGUUUUUAUACCAAAAUGCUGGUGUUUUUUUUAAUGUUCCCCCCAUAAGAGUGUUUUGAUAUAAAAGUUGCAAAGUGGGGUCUUAGACAACUUACAGAGAACUGACACAGCAUUUUUUUUAGUUCAGUUUUUUACCAUUCUGUCUGAUUUAUAUUUCUCUACUUUAUCACAAUGUUAUCAUUCCUGCAACACUCACUGCUUCAAGUCUUAAGAGAACUUCAGCUGCACUUUUAGAAUCUUUUUUGUUUCCACGUGGUUACAUGUGUCAAAAAAAAAUGCCUUAUCUAUGUGAACCAGUUUAAUUUUUUUACAUGUGAGCAAAUACAGUAGUAGCAUUGACAGGGCGACAGAUGCAGGAACUGAUGCGAAGUGUUUCCACGCACACACCUUAAAUCCUCAGGACCAAGGGCUUCUCAUAGAUUCUAUUUAGUGGUUUAAAUACUGGACACACAAAAGUCAUAAUAUAACAAUAAUUACCUACGCACUUCUGAUUUUUGUCAGUUCACUUUUUGAAAUUCUGCAAAUUUUACAAAAAACAAAACAGCAGAGAAAGGUGCUGUAACAAUGCUGCAUUGCAAUACAGGAGCAAAGGGACACUUUCUUGCUUACAUAUAAAGAUUGCAGAGUUUUAUACAGACUACAACAUUAAGCAUUAAAUGUUCACAACACAUAGUUCCAUUUCCUUUUUGUUGUUGUGUAUAUAGGGCAUAUCCUUCAAUUAUUGAUUAACUAUGUCAACAGUGUCCAGUAUUAUAAUGUAUUCAACAGAAUCUACUGUAACAGAUGCCUCUGAAUAUUAAAAACCUAGAGUCAAGUAUAAAGUGGUUCUCUGGUUGCAUCCCAUGAGAAGAUGAAAAUGUGCUCUCCCUCGUGUUAAUGAAUGAAACAAGUUGUUGUCCGUAGCUGAAUCAGAAACUAACAUUGAUGGGUUAGCAAGCUUUGUUUUAACCAAUGUACGGAUAGAGAAUGUGAAAAGAGGGAGCAGAGAUAAGUGCAAUAUGAGACGCUGAGUGGAGAGAUGAAAGAAUGAUGGAUAAUGCAAGUGAAUUGACAGGAUGUGAGGAAAGCAGCAGUGCCCACUAGUACCCCUUCUUAAUUGAUUUAGUGAGUCUUGCUUUUAUCUGAAGUGCUUGGUAAAACUCCCUUGAAUACUAUCACACAUUAGCUACAUUUGACACAACAGUUUUCUUGUUCAGGCAGUAUCUCAUCAUUUAAACAUUUUGAUUUUAGGGAUCACCCUAGAUGUACUGUAUAUCUUGAAUCCGCUUUUUGUGCAUUUCAGCCACAUUGUUUUUUUUAGGUCUACCACAAGACUUUGUUUGUAUAAUUACAGACCUACCGCUUGCUGAAUAAAAAUGCGAAACAACAUGA